AUGUGCAGCACGGCUGCUGCUCUGUCGCACAUCCCUAUCGUCUCCUCCCACUAUCCACCCACCUCGUUCCGCAACGCCAGACUGGACUUUGAAAGGAUACCAUCAGAUGAAAUAGGAGAGAUGAGGUGCAGUGAUUUGGACCUGCCUAUGCUCACAUCAGAUACUGUGAGCAAAUGGAUAACGCCGCAUCUCAAUGAUAUAAAGGCCAAGCAGUGGACUUCCCUUCAUAUCAACAUCGAUAACAACACAGUCAUGAUUUUAUCCAACAUAUGUCACGAAAUUACAGAGACGGUCUCUAACUUGGUCCUGGACGAUGUAAUGCCUCAGGUUUAUCAGUGGAUGGAGAAUAUCAACAACCCCAGCAAAACUUCUGCCGUAACGAAUCGGAUUAAAUCUCCAUAUAGGAACCGUAACUAUCACACAAUAACAGUCGAGGAUAUUGAAGCUUGCCUUGGAAAUUCUCUUCACCAAAGUCUUGGAGAAUUUUUAGGAGUCAUAGAGGAGAGUUGUAGAGACUCUGAACAGCUGCUGCACCUGGUUGCAGAAGAAGUUGCCAAGCAAGUCAACCGCACACUGAUUUAUAUCAGGGAGUCAUUCUCUUCUCAACAAGUGGAGCAAUCUUUUGAGUUUGAAUCACCACUUUCUCCAACUCAGGAAAUGGUUUACCACAUGUCCAACAUAUUGAGGAGAUGCCUGGUAAAGCAGCCCCAACCUAAUCUCCCUGAUGAACGAUCUGCCCAAGAGUUUUCUCCAAUUUCUCUAAUUUUCCAAUUACCCCAAGAUCUUAACUCAACUGAUGAAGAAUCAGCAGUUAUUGAGUUUUCUCCUGAAUCCAGUCCAGAUGACAAGAACAUGGUUCAGGAGCUCAGCACAGAGGAUGACCAAGACUUUCUAUCUGAGACCCCUGAUGAAGGAUCAUCAGUCAAAGAGUUGUCUCAGGCAUCCAGUCCAGAUGAUGAUAACAUGGUUUGGGAGUUCAGCACAGAUGAUGACAACGACUCUCUAACUGAGACCCACCAUGAGUUCCCUGAUGAAGAAUCCCCAGUCAAAGAGUUGUCUCAGGCACCCAGUCCAGAUGAUGAUAACAUGGUUAGGAAGUUCAGCACAGAGGAUGACAACGACUCUCUAUGGGAGACACAGCUGGAGCUUCCUGAUCAAAGAUCCCCAGUCAAAGAGUUGUCUCAGGCACCCAGUCGAUUUGCCAUUUUGAGCUCAGUUCUUUCCACCAGUAGAAAGGAGUUCACACCGAAAGAGAAGAUCUUUCUCUCUGUGUUUGUUUGUAAGCUGUUGGACCACAUCGCCCACUCCACCAAAACAUCAGCGCAAGACUUGGACUUUGAUGGAAUUGUGAAGAAUCUGAUGAAGAUUCUGGGAGAAAAAAGUUUCUGUCUACCACAGACUGUUGGAAACCUCCACAUUACCAUCUUUAAGGAGCUUUGUCUGGAGUUUGGAUCUGCAAAGCAGCUGUGUGCUGCUAUGAUAUGUGAAGGUGUGGUGUUUGAGGAGGCUGUUGCCAAGGAAUUAAAAAGGCAGCUGCAGAAGGCUUCAUGCCCCAGCUUUGUUACAAAAGUCUUCAGAUUUUUCAAAAUAAGAAGCAAAAAAGUGGUUCCAAUCUAUGAAGUCAACACAUCAGUGUCCCAAAGUGGAGUCUUACUGGAGAAUGGAUCAACACCCCUGCCUCAGAAGAAAAAGAAGUGCCCUGCCAUCAUCGGGAUGUUCUCUGCCAUAGCCAAGAUUCUGAGGAAGCCCUUCACCUCCUAA